AUGGGCUGCGGCUCCUCCAUGGAUACGCAGACGAAUCCUAUCGUCACGGAGGUCAGCUCGGAAUCGCAACCUCGCCAGAAUGGCGCCGACGGAGUAAUGGUAUUUAAUAUUGUAGAGCAGUAUGUCCGCCUGGACGAGCAGAUCAGCAAGCUAGAGGGCACCUGUCCGGGACCACGAAUGGCCACCGCCGAAGCUUGGAUAGAACACCUUCAGAGUAAGCACCAGGCGAUGCUGGGUCUCGAGGGCAUGGGAGUAACUCCUUUGCGAGAGAGGGAACACGAGACGGAGGAGGCCCUUCCCCUUCCAGCUUACACAAUGGGCCGGCAGGGCGACCCAAUUGUGGCCAACACACCCACCAAGGACCUGGCCCAGCUUGCCUACAACCUGGGCGUUAUUGGCGAUGCCCGCAAGGCUUCCAUGCACGAGGAUUUCUUUGCCAACCUGAGCGAGUCUGCUUUAUAUUUGCUCAGCAUUCGAUACUAUGGAGAGCUGCUGGAACACACCAAAGUGCGUCUAAAGACCCUCGUCGACAGCUACGCAGAGUUAAACGAGCUGUAUGUGAAACAAGAUGGGAUUAUAGCUUAUAUAAGCGGGGGAACAUACAUGACCCGCCUUGAGGAAAGCAUUGACGAGCAGUUGGAGAUUGCCAGAGAUACAAGAGAUAAGCUUGGCAGCACCCUGGAGCAGUGGCGCAUCUGCGGAUUACUACUAAAAGCAGCUGCCAAUUCCUCGACUCAGGCAUUAAAGCAAUGGCGACAGCUGGGCAGGAUGAUAGAUCCCAAACAGAAGCUACAGUGGGCUCUAGACUGCCGGAGUCUGAUGCAUGCAUCCAUGAUUUCCCUGGAGGCGGCUCAUCUGGCUCUGCCGCACGUGGAACUAAAAUACAUGAGUCAUCGCCAGGUUCUAGCCGUCAAGCACUGUAAUACCUACCUAAUCACAGAUAUAGCCAACAAGGCAAGGUACGAACACACCAGUCGCGUCUUCACCAGCUACGAAUCGAACAUGUCUAAGACCUGCACUUGGCUCUACGAGACAUUUAACAAUACUUUACGCAUUGAUUUUGAAAAGGCAGAGGGGAGUGUAUGUAGACUGUCCAAGACACUACGAGAUCAUCGCGAGGAGGUGUUCAGCACAGUGCGCAAAUGACAAGAAACUAAUUUGCUUGAAAUUCUGGGAUUUUUGUACAUUAUUUUAAUAAACAGUAUAUAU